CACAAACCGGUCAGUUGGAAGGUUGCUGGAAUACAAACUAGCGUCAGGCGGAAAUCAGUCAUAGUGCGGCUCAGACUGUCGAACGCUCUCGCAAUUGCCACGAAAAUGAGUGCGAAAUUUGUGAUUUGUGCGCUGUUCAUUCUCACGCCCGCAGUUCUUGGACGACCUCAGUUCAUCACGUUCAAGGAGGGCAAAGUCGGGGUCAACUUCGGCGGUUAUCACGCUGAGGCUGGACUCGGUGGCCUGCUGACGGGCAACGCCGCCCAAGGAGGCUUGUCCGCGUCCGCCGGCACGCCGUACGGACAGCACGCCGGCGCCGGCCUGGGCGGAAGUGUCGACGGCCAGACCGCCGGUGGUCUGUUCGCGGGCGCCUCGGCUGGUCACGGGGUGGGCGCUACAGCCGCUCUAGCUGGCGGCGCGGACGCCAGCGGGGUGCUGUCGGGCGGCGGAGUGGCCGAAGCGCACUCGGCGGGGGUGCAGAAGAGCGUGGUUAAAGUGGCGGAGCCGCAGCCAGUCGUGACAGUCGUGGACGUGCCCGUGCAACAGCCCAGCCUCACCGUCACGAAGAAUUUGGUGGCAUCUGUGGACUCCGUGCCACAGAACGCCGGCGAGACGGUGGUGUACCAGAAGGUGAAGACCAAGAAGAAGUUCCACACCGCGCCUGUUUACCAGCCCGUCAUUCAGCAGGACAUUGCGGUGGCACCAGAACACACACAAUCCACUGUAUACGCACAACAGCCGGCAACCGGAUUCGACUAUCGGAAGUACUUCAACUUCGGCUUUGGAUUUGGCGGAGCCCCCGCUCCGCCGCCGCAGCGCGUCGUGGUGCAGAAUCACUACGUGAAGCCCGCCAAGAGGGUGCAGUACGUGACAGUGCAGCAGCCGCCGCCCGUGGUGCACGUGGAGAAGCGCAUCUACGCCCCGCAACCGCCACCCACCGUCCAGAUACACAAGACCAUCCAGGCCGCGCCGGUCGUCCACAAACACCCGGUCGUGGUGGCGAGGCCUCAGAGCUCCGAGGAGAGCAGUGAGAGCAUCAGCGACAGCAUCGAGAGCCACGAGUACGGACACAAGAAGAAGGUCGUGACCUACACCUCGGGCGUGGGCGUCCAGGGACACGGAGGCACCUUCUUCGACGGCGUCUUCGGCAUUCCCAUCGCCACGCUCACGGCAGUGAACCAGUUCUUGAACGGAAAGGCGGCAGCGGCUCACGGAGGCGUGGGCUUCCAUAAGUCCGUGACCGUCACGAGUGGGUGAUUGAGUGUCACGACGACUCUCCUUCCUAGCUUUCAACUCCAACAGCGCAAAGAAGUGUGGGCAGCAUUUGUAAGAUAUAUUUUUAUACCGUCGGCAAUGCGAUGUUUCUAUAGUGAUGUACUUUUUGAUUAAAUGAAAUCACUCUAGCACUCGA